AUGGCGGCCAUGGGCGACGAAAAGAAUGAUAAUGUCAGCAAUGUAGUUGUCACUUCAGCUUUUGAGAAGCUGUUUGGCCCCUCGCGGGCGCCCUCGCGUGUGGCGCGAAGAGCUGUGGGAUUGGAAUUCCUCCGCGAGACAUUGGAGGCGUACGCUGCCGCGCGGGUGGCGGACUCACCUUUCCUGGCUGAGGCACCAGGAGAUGCCAUGAGGCUCAAGAUUUUGAAGCGUCGACCAGAUGCCCAGGCCCAGAAGCAAACCAUCCUCGACUCCCCUCAUGCGGUCACUGCGCUCCUGGGCUUGUCGCUCUUGCUGCUACAAGCGCUGCUGCCCAUCUUCUUCCCAAGCGGCGCGCAAGUGCGGACGACUCAUGCGUUGUUAGGAGGUUUAAAAUGCCGAUUGAAUCUCAUUGACGCUGGUGAGGAUGAUGGAACGGAGAGCUGGGCUCAGAAGCGUGCCGGGACGUCUCCAGUGCUAAUCAAGCACAUGCAGGUGUGCAAAGCCUCAGACUUCAGCAAAGCCUACAGCAUCGCCCAAGCCUUUCCGGGACCCAAGAAUAAGGCGAAUGCGCCCAAAAAGCUGAUGUGCUCAUCCUGUGGCAACUUCAUCGUGGAAGCACCGGGCGAGCAGAAAUUCUAUGCCUGCCGAAGUUGCUGGAAGCUGGGCAAUGCUUUAGGCAUUUGCAACACUUGUUUUCAAGACGAAAGGUUUUGCUUGGAGGAGGGGAACACUGCACCCAUCAAGGAUGACUUCUGGCGUGGUCGGACAUCCGGCUCUAUGACCGGCUCAAUGGGCGUGGAGAUGGUGGUUCCUCCGCCCUUGGUGGAUCCCAACCCCCCCUCCGAUGACUCGGAAGUGGAGCUUCCAGACGUGGAGCUGCCAGGAUCGGUGACCUCCCCGCAGGUGGACACCAAGAAGCCCGCUGGGAAGCCCCGCCGGGCCUCCGCGUCCUCCAGCCCGCCGCGGCGGCGCCGGACCUCCGACCUGCGCGGACCUCCGACGGUGCGGCGGCAGUCGACGGAUUUGGAUCCUGACGAGAUCUCGGACGUGUCACCCAUCGACAUCUCGAGGCAGCAAUCGAGGAAUUUGUCCAGUCAGACUUCGAUGAAGUCAACUCAACUGUCCAGCCAGGGAUCAGUCUCUUCCAUCCAGACGAGGCGUCUUUCCACCCAAGCAUCGAUGAGAUCGUCACCGCACACCGAGAGUCCGGACCAGAGUCCGUUGCCGAAGCCCGCGCCCAAGCCGAAGGCGCGAAGAAUGUCCACACAGGGCUCCAUGCAGUCCUCCGGGCCUGCGAAGACACAGAGCGAGCCGAAUCUGCUGCCUGGAUGUCAGUGCCUGCGAUUGCAGAGACCCCGAGCAGUGACCUUGCGCGGGCGGCUACCCCGAAGAAGGGCGCCCGGAGGAACUCCACGCAGGGGAACCUGGGAGAGGCUGCGCCGAAAGCCACGCCCAAGAAGAGCGCACGCAGGCAGUCCACCACGGCCUCCAUGGGGCCCAAAUCGGCGGCCAGCGAUCCGCACCUGA